GCCGGGAGUUGUAGUCCAUACCUUAUUUGCGGUCCGCUGUGAAAGCUGUCCCACAACAUGGGUAGUUAAGGAGGAGGGGACAUGCAGGACUGAUUUACUUGGUUUAGGGCUUAUUUAGCUGGUGUGGAGUUUGUUUACCUGGCAUAUGCUGUCUUUACCUGUUUUAGGCCUCACUAACCCGGCCGGGGCUCUCAGUUUCGACACUUGCCUGGUGAGAAGUGACAGCACCUGUGUGAGGAAAAGAGUGGCCUGAGGGAGUUUACAGAUAAUGAAACCCCGUCACACAUCUUCCAAUGAAAUGGAGAAACCAACUGGUGGGAGAUCAGCAAAAAAUCCUUUAAAAUCCCAAAAUCAACAAGCGCCUUCUAGCAAAAAAAAGGGAGCAGAUGAACAAGGAAGAAAACAAGGUCAAAAAAGACAGCAGGUCCCUCAGACAGGCAAAAGGGAAGUUAAGGAUCUGAAGGACUAUUCCCCUGCAGGAAAAGAUGGUUCUUCAAAAAAGGUGAAGCUGUCCAGUGCUACAAUAAGAUCUUGGCAGCCUCUCUCAGAGAACAGUAGGCUGUUCCUGGAAAAUAUAGUGGAUUCAGUAGUACUAUCUGUUUUGUCCCAACAGAGAGAGGGAAAAGAUGAUGUUCAGAAGCACCUCAAUGUACUGAAAAACAGGGUGCUGAGAAGUUUCAAGACUUUAAACGUGCCUCCAGGGAAGCUGGGCAACCUGAAGAAUAUCCUGGGCCUUCAAAUGGCAGAGAAACAAAUGCUUGAGACAAAUGAGGAGUCUUUGGUACAACUGCAGGAAGAAAUAACUGAAGCAGAGAGAUCAGCAGAGCGCAUUGAGGAAAAUAUACAGCAGAUGCAGUACAAAAUCCAGGUGCUCAAGAACCAGUUAGAGAAAGAUGAAAAAGAUGCCAGGAAGGUAUUCCAGGAAAAUGGCAGUGGAGCACUCCAACUUCCAGAACUCCCCAAGUGCAGUUUGCAGGCACCUACUUUGCAGGAGGAAAUUUUGAAGGUAAAGAAUCAGAAGGGCCUUUUAAAGGAUCUGAAUGCUAUUCAGCAGUCAGCUGACUUGAAGAACUUGUUAACCCUUGUUGAAAAGACCUAUGAGAAGGUGGAUUUGCUGUGAGAACCCAAAAUGUGUGGAGUCUCCAUGCUGAGUUUGGAAUCUGCUUUCUUGCUAAUGGCCUUCCUGUUGUGACUGCUGAAUUUCUGUUAAAACAUUUUCUAUUAACACUCAUAUAUAAAUGUGUAGAUACAUUUUGGGACUCAAGUGAUUUAAGUCAUCUGUCAAGGUUUUUUGGGUUUUUUUUUUGACCUGUGAUGACUUCUAAUGAUGAUAUAUCCUGUCUUAGGAGAAGGGAGGGAAAUGGAUCCUGGGUUAUUUGGGUGUUUUUACAGAAUAAGGGAACUAUUCCAUUCUAUUUGCACUUCUUUAUCUGUAAAUCACUGAAGACCGUGUCUUCUGCAAAAGUAGUUUUUAUCUGGGAGUUAAAUCUGAAACAGGUAGUAAAAAUAAGCUUAUCUAAUACUCAGUUGUAAAUCCCCUGUUCAACCUUCUUACUAUUUUUUUAACAAAAACCCUCAAUUGAAGAAAAUUGAAUAAUUUUUAUCGAAUGUACAAAAUAGCUUUUACAUUUUCAUUACUUAAUACAAAAACUAACAUCAAACAACAUAAAGUACUUUCUCAGGUUAAAUUACCUGCUGAAAGAUAGCAGUGCUCUUUACACUGACUUGCUUAAUAAACUCUUUGUCUACUGUUUGCAAGCUGCUGCUACUCUUAAUGAGACAAAAGCUAAUUAUCUCUCUUCUAUGAGAGCUUGAAAGUCUCUCUGUAAGGAUCUCUGAGUCCAGCUCUCUACUCCUCAUAGGAUUACCUAACCCAUGUAGGAUCAGAAAAACCAGACUAAAUAUUUGCUUCAUGAUGAAUCACAGGAAAAGGAAUAUAAUUACUUAGAAGUAUUUUUCAGAUUUGUUACCACUUGGCAAGGGAAGCAGUUACUGAUAUAACCAUUACCCCAAAAGAAUUUCAUCCAGAGCAUGGGUUAAAGAUUUUCCUGCAUGCCAGGAAGAGGUUAAGUAAAGAUAUACUCCUUUGCUUUCAUUAAGGGUGAUUUACUCUGUAGGUUUUGAACUUCUUGAACCACAUAGAGACCUUUGCCUUUUUGAAAUUUUUUUUAUUUUGAAAAGAAAGUGUGGAGAAGGGCAGUGAGUAGGAGUCAGAUUCAGCUUCCACACAAGGAAGUUGAAAUAGUAACUGAAGAAUGAGCUUCUGCAUUACCGUGCUGAAUAGAUACAGAGGCAAGUUGUAAUUACUUUAAUUUAGUUUUUUUCCCUGAAACUGGUGAUUUAUGAUAGGCUGGCUGUGGAUGUUGUUACUUUUGGGUUAUCACGCAGACACAAACAGGGAGGGUAACAUGAACCAGGGCAUAAAUCCAGACAUUUAGGAGGUGGUCUUAUCUCGACAGUCGAUACUCUUGGACAAAGUUGCAGAAUUGGUUUUGAUGAGAUUUGAGGCCUCUUCCAGAAGGUUCACUGUUGAUCUGUGUGUGGAGCUAUGACCACAGCUCUGUGAUUUGACCAGGGAGCACCUGAAACUUCAAUUUCACAAACCUUGGCUUUAAGUAGGUAAGAUAUUUUCCUCUUUGUGUAUGCUUUAUGUACUGAGUUUAUCCAUUUAAGGAAUACUCAGGGAAAAUCUUAAAGAACUUCUGGAUUCAGAUCAAUUUGGCUUAAGGUUUUUCCUUAGAAGUGAUCUACAGCAAGUACAGAACUGUGAUUUUUUUGCAUAUGGAAAUGGAGUAGGGAGAAGAGCCAAGGGAAGAAGCUGCACUGAGGCCCUAGGGAACAUCAGGAUAUCCAGCCCAGCUUUAAACCCAGCUGACUGCUGAGGUCAAACAGCCCUUCUGUUCUGACAGCCUGAAACUCUGAACAUCCCACAUUUAUCUCCUUGUACAACCUAAGCACAGCUUCAUAGUCCCUAUGUCUUUUGGGGAAAAACCUGGACUUGGGAGCAUUUUUUGGGCUAUGCUUUCAACAAACGCUGAACCUGGCAGCAAGAACAGGAAGGCUGAAGGCCUGUAUUAUGUAGCCAAGAUUAGGUGAUCUAAGAGAUUAAUCCAUGAGCCAUCAAUUACUUCACACUUCUGGUCCAUUUCUACCCUCUCCCAAAAAAAUAAAAAAUAAAAGGACACUACUUUGGUUUAGAAGUACUGGAAACCUUAAUUGAAAUAUGGAUUGUUAUGGUCAAAGAGUAAGACAGAUGUCAUGGAAAAACGAUUUCAGCAUUUUAGAAACGCAAUGGAUGUUGAUUAGAGCUCUAAGAACGUGCUACAGCACACAGUUUGUAGGGUUUGGGGAUGACAUUAAAUGAAAUGGCAGGGCUGAGGUCCAGGUCUGAGCUGGAAACGCCAGGUGGAGGGUGGAAGUUGAACCUCUGCAGGAGACUGGUGAAGAACAGGAAGAGCUCCAUUUUGGCAAGAGUCUCCCCAGCACAGAUCCUCCGCCCUGGAACAAAAGGCAAAAGGACCACAAGACAAUCAGUGAGAGCUGCUUCUUCAGUACUGGAAGAAAAAAAAAACCCUUUUAUCAGCUCUUGACCUGAAAAAGGUCAGGGGGAAUCCAGAAUAUCUGAAUGUUAUACUUAGGUAUGAAUAAAGAACACAAUAGAUUUUAAAACUCUUGGAUACAAGUUAACAGAGAGAGAGGAGUUUUGAUCUUCAAAGGUAUCAUACCAAAGCCAGGUGAUGGUUUUUUAUUUUCCUUUGUCUAAAUGCUUGCAUUUGGAGAGAAAUGUAUGGAAAUGUACUUUGAAUUCCUUAACUCCAGUUUUCAAUAAAAUCUGAAUUUUUACUUCA